UUCCCGUCGAGCCAUUGUUCUCGCCACGACCACUCUCUACUUUGAACCUACCAUUUGUCUAGAUAGUAGGGAUUAUUGGCAGCUUCGCCAGCUAAUUCCCUAUUUGACUUCCCACAAUGAACAACAUCCGUCAAGUCCAGGCGCUCAACAAGCGCGAACUGGAAAACGCCAUCCCCCCCGAAGCAUCCUGGCACGCCGACUACCGCGACACAGCCUACAUCUACAUCGGCGGGCUCCCCUUCGACCUCUCCGAAGGCGACAUCGUAACCAUCUUCUCGCAGUACGGCGAACCAGUCCACAUCAACCUCAUCCGGGACAAAGAGACCGGCAAGAGUCGCGGGUUCGCGUUUCUGAAAUACGAGGACCAGCGGAGUACGGACCUCGCUGUUGAUAAUUUGGGUGGGGCCACGGUGCUGGGGAGGAUUUUGCGCGUUGAUCAUACGAGGUAUAAGAGGAGGGAUGAUGAGGGGGAGGAGGGUGAUAAUAAUGUUGCGAAGCUGAUGGGGGAUGAGGAUGCGCUGCCGCG